AUGGCUCUUUUGGCUUUUCCAUUCCCUUCAAGGUGGCAUAGUUCACCGACUGAAGGUCGAGGUCCUGUAGUUGGGUUGAUGAACCGACUGUUGGAGGAUUUUGAUCGUUCACUUCAACCGUUUUGGGAGUGUGCUAUCGCGGAUGAAAACUCUUUCGGCAAGGUUAUUGAUGACAAAGAGAAUUUCGGUAUUCAGCUGGAUGUCAGCCAUUUCCGCCCGGAAGAAUUGUCGGUGAAGAUGCAGGAUGGAAAACUGUUUGUUGAAGGUCAUCAUGAAGAGCGAAAUGAUCAACAUGGUUCCGUGGAACGACAUUUCAUCCGGAAGUAUACCAUCCCAAAGACUGUGCUGCAAGACAGUUUGGAAUCGCAGUUAUCCGAUCAGGGAGUGCUCCGAAUAACCGCUAAGAAGAAAGCUAUUGAAAGUUUGCAAUUUAAAAAUAUUCCAAUCCAGACGCAUCCGAAGAAAAGUGAUAAACAGUAA